AUGGAGGUCGCCUGCAUUGAAGACACUCAAAAUGUAGCAUUCAAGUUGAGUUUGUUCAAGUUUUAUGAUGUCUAUUCAUUCAUGGAUAUUAGGGGUGAGCACAGAUACCGGGUACCUACUUUUGGAACUGGAACCAAGGUCCGCUUGUCAUCGUUCGUCACCGGUCAAUCAGCUUCAGCUAGUCGUCGCGGCCUCCUCGCCGGUCAUCAGCUGGUCGCCGGGUCAUCGGGUAUUCAGUUGUUUCCACCGCCUUCUCUCGGUCGAAUAUCAUAA